AUGUCUGAGAACACUGCGGAAAACGGCAAGGAGGCCGAUAAAGUUGUUGAAGACACUGUCAUGACUGAUGAAGUCAAGGCUACCGAGACCGGGGUCGAAAAUCCCCCGCCAAAGAAGAAGAAGAAGAAGAAGAGGUCCCAGGCGUAUAAUGACCGCCGCAAGACCCGAGAGUACAAGGACCAGCGCCGAGAGCGCCGCUAUCUACGAAAAGUGGGAACUGAAGCCCCUCCCCCACCUCCCCACGUCCACGAUCCCACUCUCCCUCCAAAGACCAAGCGGUCGUCCCGGCGCGCGAGCCGUAGACGAGCCAAAAAGGCGAAGAAAGCCGCCGCCGAAGCCGCCGAGGCAGCUGCCGUGCAAAACGCAGCCAUAGCCGCAACCACCCACCUCCCCACCGCUACUCACCCAGGGAAUUCCGAGGCAAAUCCUUCGUCAGAUAAGGGAGAUGAGGAAAUGGGAGAAGCUGAGGUUGAAAUUGGUCUGGGUCCCGGCGGUAUGACUCUCCCCUUUCGGGGUAAAACUUCUGUUUGA